AUGGUCGUUGCUCCUCAAAAUGCCCGAGAGUUGAUAUCAAGCACGUCAUCCAGCUCUUGCAGGGUACUUCCUGGCGAUGCGCAAUGGCCCAAGGUGCAAGAAUGGGACACCCUUAACAAGACCAUCAACGGGCGUUUAAUCGCUUCCGUGCCACUCGCCAGCGUCUGCCACGAUGCGCCUUUCAACAAAUACAAUGCCGAAGCGUGCGCCGCGGUCCAGGCGACGUGGAACGAGACCAAAUUAUCCCACAUCAAUCAGCCGUCCGAGUUCUUGAGCAUGUACUUUAACAAUUACACAUGUGACCCCUUUACCCUAAAAUCGCAGCCUUGCGAACUUGGCAACUUCGUGAGCUACGUGGUCAAUGUUACCGAGGCUGCGGAUGUUCAGAAGGCCAUUUCCUUUGCCAAGAAGAAAAAUGUUCGACUUGUGAUCAAGAAUACUGGGCAUGACUAUCUCGGCAAGUCUACGGGCAAGGGUGGACUUUCGCUCUGGACACACAAUUUGAAGUCGACUGAGUACAUUCCAAAUUACAAUAAGUCUUACUACAACGGACCGGCCAUCAAGCUCGGAGCCGGCGUUGAAGGGUUCGAAGCUUACGCUGCUGCCAAUGCCGCAGGGCACAGCAUUGUGGGUGGCUCCUGCCCAACGGUCGGUAUCUCCGGAGGCUACAGUCAGGGCGGUGGACACUCGAUGCUUUCCAGCUUGUAUGGUCUCGCGGCGGACAAUGUAUUGGAGUGGGAGGUGGUGACCAUGGACGGGAAGCACUUGGUGGCCACCCCUGAGAAGAAUUCUGAUCUCUACUGGGCUAUGAGCGGUGGCGGCGGGGGUACCUACGCUGUUGCGCUAUCCAUGACCUCGCGACUGCAUCCUGACCAGUCCUUCGGUGGCGCCUCGGUCAUCUUCGACGACUCCAAGGUCGGCAACGAUAAAUUCUGGGAGGCCGUCACUGCUUUCCACGCCCUGCUCCCCAACUUCGUUGACGCCGGUAACUCGUACACUUACACGCUGACUAAUAACGUGUUCCUGUCGUGGGGCAUCACCAUGCCGGGCGUCACCGACCAGGCCCAGAUCGAACAGCUGUUGAAGCCCUUCCUCGACGACCUGACGAGCCGCGGCAUCGAGUAUCAAUAUAGCGCGCACGUCUCAAACAGCUACUACGAGCACUUCAGUUACUACCUAGGCCCCCUGCCCGAGGGUUUCGCUGACUACGCGCCGUUCACGGGCAGCCGCAUCCUGCCGCGCGCCUUAUUCGUCGACCCCAACAAGAUCGGCGGCGUCAUGCAGGCGAUCCGCAACACGACACUGGCCCAGGGAUACUCGCCGCUGGCGUGCCAGGCCCUCAACGUGUCUAAGCAACAGCACCAAAGCAACGCCGUGCUGCCCGCGUGGCGUGACGCCCUGGCCAUCUGCUUGUUUCCCGGUAAUUGGGACCCACAGGCCACACCCGCUCAGAUGGCUGCCCGUCAGGACUACGCAGCCAACGUGCUGCAGCCCAUGAUCGACGCAGCCACGCCCGGUGGCGGCGUCUACCUCAACGAGGCAAAUUGGAAGCAGCAGAACUGGCAGAAGGAGUUCUACGGCACCAACUACCAGAAGCUCCUGUCCGUCAAGAACAAGUAUGACCCUGAGGCCCUCUUGUACGCCCACACGGCUGUCGGCAGCGAGAAGUGGCAGGAAGAUGGCUCCAUGAGGCUGUGCCGCGCUUCUUAG